ACAAAAUACCUUUUUUUGCUUCUUAAUACAAUCUUUCAGUUGUGCAAAGCUAAGAAAGAAAAUAAUGGCCAAAAGGGUGGGACCAGUGGGUAACUACUUGGGAAAUGCAUUCGACGAUGGUGUUUUCGAUGGUGUAAAGAAAAUAAUUGUCUCAGUACAGGGAAGUCCUUAUAACUGUAUAACAAUGAUCAAGAUCGAAUAUGAAAAGGACGGGAAACUUGAAUCCCGUCAACAUGGAACGGUUCUUGGGGAACUAAAAGAGUUUGUAGUGGAUCAUCCGAAUGAAUAUAUAACAUCUGUUGGUGGGAGCUAUGAUAUUGUUCAAACAUACUAUCAUACACUCCUGAUCAAAUCGCUAAUCUUUAAAACCAACACUGGAAGAGCAUCUCCAGUACUCGGUGGGACAACAGAAUCUGGACAACCAGCUGGGACAGAAUUCACCUUGGAGGGUCAAUAUGGAGAAAAGUUUCUUGGGUUCUUUGGACGUUCUGGUCAAGCUCUUGAUGCCAUUGGAGCUUACUUGGGACCUCUGGGUGGUAACAAGGGAAACAAAUUCGAUGAUGGUAUUCUCGAUGGUGUGAAAAAAGUAACUGUUGCGGCAGAUCAGUAUAGUGUAACUUAUAUCAAGAUCGAAUACGAAGACAAUGGAAAAGUUGAAGUCCGUGAACAUGGGACAAACCGGGGGGAGCUAAAAGAGUUUUCGGUGAACUAUCCAGAAGACACUAUUGUAGCCGUUGGUGGAAGCUACAAUCAUAUUUUCACCUAUGAUACAACGCUUAUUACAUCUUUGUACUUCACAACCUCCAAGGGUUAUACCUCCCCACUAUUUGGUGUGGCCAAGGGAAACGAGUUCGAGCUCAAAGGUGAAAAUGGAGAAAAGCUUCGUGGAUUUUAUGGACGUGGUGGUACUGCCAUCGAUGCCAUUGGGGCUCACUUCGGACCGCUUGGUGGUAACAAGGGAAACACAUUCGACGAUGGUGUUUUCGAUGGUGUGAAAAAGUUAACCGUUGGAGCAGAUGAGGUCAGUGUAACUUAUAUCAAGAUCGAAUACCAAAAGGAUGGAAACGUCAUAGUCCGUGAACAUGGGACGUUUAACGGGAUUCUAAAAGAGUUCUCGGUGAACUAUCCGGAAGACAAUAUUGUGGCUGUUGGUGGAAGCUACAAUCAUAUUUUCAAAUAUGAUACAACGCUUAUCACAUCAUUGUACUUCACAACCUCUAAGGGAUUUACCUCUCCAUUAUUUGGUGAGAAAAAGGGCAAAGACUUCGAACUCAAAGGUGAAAAUGGAGGAAAGCUUCUUGGACUUUAUGGACGUGAUGGUACUGCCAUCGAUGCCAUUGGGGCUCACUUCGAGACACUAUAAUGUAUUAGCACUAGUAGCAGUCUACCAAAACAUUUAACCGAUAACAUUUUUAUUAUCGGUAAUUCUGAAGUUUGCAUGCAAUUAAUUAAAAUAGCAGACAACUAAAUGGAAACAAGGAAUAGAAAACUAUAUUUGUACACUAAA